AUGUCGGAACACAGCGAGGAUCAAGAAUCCCUUCUACUUCCAAAUGAGAAUCCACCAUACUACAGGACUCCAUACUAUAACCGACCCAUGGAAUGGCCUUUCAUAAGAAAACUGACCAUCAUCACUUUUGUCUCUUUCACAGCCUUUAAUGACUGCAUUGCCUCGACGAUCUCCACGCCCAACACCCCUCAAAUCAUAGAUGACUUCAACAUAUCCAAUGCGUCUUUAAUGUCUUUGCUCAUUUCAAUUCACAUAGUAGGGCUCUCAACUGGUCCCCUCAUCGUCGCCCCGUUGAGCGAAGUCUACGGCCGUACUCCUUUGACACAUGCAUCUAACUUCCUCUUUGUUUUGGCGUCAGUCCUCUGUGCAGCCAGCAAAACCUUCCCGACCCUUCUCUUCGCCCGAGUUCUUAUCGGUCUGGCUGGUUCUGUGCCUAUAACCUUGGCUCCAGGCUACAUAGCGGAUUUGGUUCCACUCGAGAACCGUGGGAAGUGGAUGACUCUGUGGUCUACCGGGUAUUUGCUGGGUAAUACUAUUGGUCCCGUAUUUGGUGGUUAUAUAGGGCUCUGGAAAGGCUGGAGAUUCGUAUUCUGGGUGGAAGCCGUCAUCAGUGCUCUGACAGCUCUAAUUGGACUGGUGGUCAUGCGAGAAACAUUUUUACCAGUUCUUGCUGGGCAAGACCCCAAGGGCAAGUGCAUUGAGUCCAAUCACAAGCAGAAAAAUCCUCUCAGGGACGGACUAGUUCGCUCGGUCAAAAUCGCACUCCAUUCCCCAGUCCUUCUGCUGGUGACUCUAUUCACCUCCGCGGCUUUUGUCUCUCUCUACUUUCUUAUCACUACAAUCCCCAGUCUAUUCCAUGAUCAGUAUGGAUUUAAUGAGGGCGAAACGGGACUAGCAUUUAUCGGCUUUAAUAUUGGGUUUGCUGCCGGUGAAUACAUACUGGGUCCUCUCUCCGACUGGUACAAAAACAAGAGGACAAGGGAACGAGGAACUAGCCGGCCCGAAGACCGUCUGGCUCUCUUAAUGCCCAUAAAUAUCAUCAUGGCUCUGGGAUAUCUAACAUACGGCUGGUCGAUUCAGGGAAACAUGCACUGGGUUUUGCCUGUCAUUGGAACGGGCAUCACUGCCUUUGCCAUAAUUGGAGUGAUUCUGAGCGCUCAGCUGUAUAUCAUGGAUGCCUUUGGUAUCUUUGCGGCAAGUGCCAGCUCUGUCAAUAUUGUUGUUCGGUCUGCCUUGGCCACUUCUUUGCCCCUUGCUGCACCAGUCAUGUAUGAGCGACUGGGCUCUGGUUGGGGCAAUAGUGUGUUGGCGUUUGUGGCUCUGGCGCUUGUACCGCUGUCAUUGUUCCUCACUCGUCAUGGAGAGAGGUUCCGGACCAGCCCUGAGACUCAGCCGAUAUCUGGAGAUAGAUAUGGAACUUUCUCUAAUGAAGCCUUGGAUGAGGAAGUCCUGGAGGACUGA